GGCCGUGGCCGCUGGCGGUAAUUAAGGCACCGCUGGAGACGAAGGGGGUUAUUAACGGCGUGGGGAAACAUCCCGGGAGAACGGGGACCGUCACGGGUGUGGGGAGCCCCACGGGGCUUUCCCGUUCCUGCCCCGACGUGUAGGCCCCGUUGCCAUGGCUACGCCCCCUUCCUCCUCAGUACGCAUGCGCCGCCUCGAAAGAGCCAAGCGUUGCUACGACGACGGCCAUGCGUGCUGACGUAACACGCCGCCGUAUCACGUGAGCCGGCAGCGGCGAUGCCCAAGUACUGCCGAGCCCCGCACUGAUCCAACGCGGCGGGACAGGCCCGGCCGCCCGCCCGCCGCCUCAGCUUCUACAAGUUCCCGCUGCAUGACGUGGCAUGGCUGUGGCAAUGGCUGAUGCAGAUGUGGUGGGAGAACUGGGUGCCCACCCGUCACCAGCACCUCUGCAGCAACCACUCCAAACCCUCCUGCUUCCAGUACCGCUGGGGCAUCCGUUACCUGCGGCCUGAUGCUGUCCCCACCAUCUUCCCCUGUGGCCCCCCAGUGAGCCCCCCCCCCCCCCCCUCCACUGGCAGAGCCCCUAGAAACAUCUAGAACAGUCUAGAACAGCCUAGAACACACACCGCACCACCCCAAAGGAUCUAGAAGCAUCUAGAACCUCCCCAGAGGCUCCCCCAGAAAGGUCUGGAAGUUUCUGGGAGAAGGAAAGGUCCCCUGGAAGCAUCUCGGAGCUCCCCAUAAGGGUCUAGAAGGUUCUAGAAGCCGCCUUGGAAGGGGCUAGAAGCUCUCUGGGGGGUGGUGGGUUGUCUCAGAGGGGUCUGGAAGGUUCUAGAAGCCGCCUUGGAAGGGGCUAGAAGCUCUCUGGGGGGUGGUGGGUUGUCUCAGAGGGGUCUGGAAGGUUCUAGAAGCCACCUCGGAAGGGGAUAGGAGCUCUUUGGGGGGUGGCAGGUUGUCUCAGAAGGGUCUACAGGUUCCCCUGAGGGAUUGAGAAGCUCCGCGGAAGGGUCCAGAAGGUCCCCAGGAGGGGGGGGUUGUCACCUCAGGGUGGCUUUUGUCCCCAGAGUGGGGGCUUGUGGGGAGGAACUGGCACUGCUGCCCAUCCCCACUCCAACAUAUCGCUGCGAGAACCUCCAGAAAUGGGAAUUUUGGGGUUUUUCUACAGAAACGGGAGAGUCCUAGCACGACCGCUGGGCACCACCCAGCCUAAGCAGCCCCUCCUGGCGAGCAGCCAGGAGCUGGUGACACUGGGACAGCCAGCUGUCCCUGAAACCGCCACAUCGGAGGCUGCAACCAUCGCCCUGGAACCCAACUUGGCCACGGCGAUGCCGCUGCUUGGCCCAGUGAAGCUGGGGGACAGCCCUGAGGGGGUCCCCGCCCGCCCGCAGCCGUCCUCAGGCUACGCCACGCCGCCGCUGUCACCACGCUGGCGGGUGGAGCAGGCGGAGGACGUCACUGUCGAGCCACCUGUUGCCAGCCUGCCGCCGGCGUAUUUCGAGCCCGUCCCCGCGACGCUGGUCACGGUGCCGGAAACCAUCCUCUCCUCAGCCUUGACACUGCCCAUCGUUUCCACCAUCCCCAUUGUUUCCAAAACAGUGACGUCGAUGUCACUGCCGGGCGAGCUGAGCACCGAGGAACUUGUCGGUGUGGUGCUGGUGCUGCAGCGGAAGGUGAAGGUGCUGCAGCAGCGGCAACGCCAGCACCGCGCCCGGCUGGAAGCCAUGGAGGGGUUGGUGGAGCAGCUGCGCCGUGAGAGCCUGCUCUCCGAGGAGAGGCUCAAGCUGGCCUGCCUGCAACCAGGGCUGGUGACACCAGAUCCCACCGGUGCUGUCACCAUCAUCUGCCAGGAGGAGGAGGCAUUGGUCUAUGCCAUGCCACUGCCUGUGGGGACAACCUGUGGCCUCGGCCUGGAGCGGCUGUGAUGU